GUGGUGACCAUUAUCAUCAUGAGUUUUCUUUAGCCAGAGAUUUCUUGCUCAGUUCCUCUUCCACACGUCCCCCUGAUAAAUUUUGACUUCCUUUCUUGGCAGCCUUAUUUUUUUAAACUAGAAACUCACUGUAAAUUUUUUUUUGCAAAUAAUCCAUUCAAAAAGUAUUAAUGAAUAGUAAGACUUAUUUUCUGAUCUCAAGUUGGCAGUCAAGUGUGUGAGCAGUGUUUUGGUAGAAGGAACCGCAAAGGCUUUAGAGCGAAGAACAGUGCUAGGUGUGGCUUGACUACAGACUUAACAAAUUGAAAGUUGGGGUUUUUAGAGACCAGGUCUUGGUGCAGCAAAUUUGCAUUUAAAACCUGGAGCUUGCCUUUUCCUGUGAGAAGUAUUGGUAGUAGUGUUUUGAGCCAUCAUCUUGCCAAAUACAUCAUCAAUAGAACUGUAUGUAAACAGAUUGGACUCAGUAGAGUCUGUGCUACCUUAUGAAUAUAAUACAUUUGAUUUCUGUCAUGACUUCAAAAAGCAAAGUCCUUCUGAAAAUCUCGGACAAGUACUGUUUGGAGAAAGAAUAACAUCGUCUCCUUAUGAGUUUUCCUUUAACAAGUCAGAGACAUGUGUGAAAGUUUGUAUGAAAUCUUAUGACACAGCAAAGGAAGAUCAAAAGAAAAAGCUGGAUUUUUUGAAGAAAGGAAUACAACUGAAUUAUCAACAUCACUGGAUUAUUGAUAAUAUGCCAGUGGUAUGGUGUCGUGAUAUAAAUGGUGGGAAUAAGUACUGUACAACAGGAUUUCCAAUAGGAUGCUUUGUUUCCCAAAGUGGUGAAUCCAGUGAUGCUUGCUUCAUGCAUCCUGAAUUCAACAAAACUAAUACUUACUACAUCUUCAACCAUGUUGAUAUUACCAUUACAUAUCACAGUGAAAAUGAAGUAGAUUGGUAUGUUUCAAAAUUGGUUUCUGCUAGACUUGAGCCCAAAAGCUACAAACAUGUAGAUGAAAACCAUCUAACUUGCAAUGGAACCCCUAUGGAAAUCCCUGGAGACUCUACAGACAAGUUGAACAUCAUCUACACUUAUUCUGUGAAAUUUGAAGAAAACAAACAGAUCAGGUGGGGUUCUAGGUGGGAUUAUAUUUUGGAAUCUAUGUCUCAUACCAGCAUUCAAUGGUUUAGUAUCUUGAAUUCAUUUGUCAUUGUUCUCUUCUUAACUGGAAUGGUGGCUAUGAUCAUAUUAAGAACUCUCCACAAAGAUAUUAUCAGAUAUAAUCAGGAAGAUAUCCAGAAGGAUUAUGGUUGGAAGCUUAUUCAUGCGGAUGUAUUCAGACCUCCAAGGCAUGGAAUGUUGUUAUCAAUUUUACUGGGUCAAGGAACACAAGUUUUGAUUAUGACAUUUAUUACUCUAUUUCUUGCCUGUCUUGGUUUUCUUUCUCCUGCUAAUCGUGGUGCUUUAAUGACCUGUUCUGUUGUGUUAUGGGUCCUUAUGGGAGCAUCUGCUGGAUACGUGUCUGCUAAGGUGUACAAGUCAUUUAGAGGUCUGAAGUGGAAGACAAAUUUCUUGCUGACGGCACUGCUGUGUCCUGGUGUGGUCUUUGUUGACAUCUUUAUCAUGAAUUUAAUUCUUUGGAUUGAAGGGUCAUCAUCUGCUAUCUCAUUUGGUACCUUGGUAGGAAUCCUUGCAUUGUGGUUUGGAAUUUCAGUGCCAUUAACAUUUUUGGGUGCAUACGUUGGAAGUUUCCAAAAGUUUGACUAUCCGGUUGGUACAAACCAGAUUCCUCGUCAUAUUCCUCACCAGGAUUUCAUUAGAAGACCACUUUUUAGUAUCAUCAUCGGUGGCGUUUUACCUUUUGGUUGUAUUUUUAUCCAACUAUUUUUUAUUCUAAACAGCAUUUGGUCUCAUCAGAUGUACAUCAUGUUUGGCUUCCUUUUCUUAGUCUUUAUAAUUCUUCUGAUUACUUGUUCUGAAGCUACCAUUCUGCUGUGUUAUUUUCAUUUGUGUUCCGAGGAUUAUCAUUGGUGGUGGAGAGCCUUUCUUACCAGCAGUUUUACAGCUGUUUAUUUUUUUGCUUAUGCAGUCUACUACUUCUUCGUCAAACUUAAAAUCACAGACAUUGCAAGCAUCAUUUUGUACUUUGGGUACACGAUGAUCAUGGUCUUGAUUUUUUUCCUGUUCACUGGAACUGUUGGAUUUUUUUCCUGUUUUAUUUUUAUUUCUAAAAUCUACAGCGUGGUGAAAGUGGAUUAAAGAAUCCCGCCAAAGGUUUCAAGGCACAUCACCCUUGCCUUUGAAUAUGUAUCUGUAUCUUAUAUGAACAUCUACAGAGAUACAUAUGCUUCCAGUUGCAUGCUUUUAAAUAUAUAUCAAUUAAAAAAUCUCACUGUCUGGCCUCAGUUUGUGUAAUACAAAAUGCGACUGUAUGGGAGAAAAAUCAAGGUGGCAAGUAGGUUUAUUCUAAGUACUAUUUUCCUGAAAUGAUACCAUAAAAGGGUAUUUAAUUUAAAACAAUCAGAGCAAGGGAGGUACUUUUUCUUAAUUUAAGUACAUUGGCUUUUCAGUUGAGAAGGUUUUUUCCCCUUCUUUUUCUUCCUCAUCUGUUCAGAACAUCAGAACUAUUGUCAAAUAAAUGUUAGGUAAAAUGUGACAUUUUCCAACUUAAGUUGAUUGUACAAACAAUAUUACACCUUUGUAUCUGGGUGAUCACUUAAAAAUAUCCAUUGGUUUAGCAUACAG